UGACAGUUGAUAAUUAGAAUUCGGAUAAUGAAUCUGAGGUUUGAUCUGAGUCUUUGGAUCUGAGGAAUAAUGACACACUGUCAAAAUAUAAUUGUUAGAAAAACUAUUCUCUGAGUUCGCGAAUGUGUAUGAAAGCUUAAAACUAUUAUCUAAUAUUUUACCAUGAGGUUAGCUUGUAUUGAAAAUAAUAUGAUAAAAUUAUAUUUGUGCUUUAUAUUUGUUUUGAUAUCUCCGGUAUCACCUGGAGCUAAUGAUCUACAUUUUUAUGAUGGUGCUUCCCCAGCUGACAUUAUAGCUGGUGAUGUGUUUUUUGAGAUAUUAGAUCCCCCAGAACUCAGAUAUUCAUAUAGAAUAAGACCUGCAAAAGAUUUUGGAGCUCCCUUCAAUGAAAGUCUGUUUUUUGAAAAUGCACGCCUAGUCCCAACUAUACCUUUACACAGUUGCUCAGAUAUUGUAAACCAAGAAGAAAUUUUUGGGCACAUUGCACUUUCGGAGAGAGGGGAAUGCUCAUUUGUGUUUAAGACUGCUAAAGCGCAGCAAGCUGGAGCAAGAGCUGUGAUUAUAACUGAAUCAAUUGACAAAUGGGAUGAAUCUUUAGACCAUCUCAUAGAAAUGGUGGAUGACAGGAUGGAGUUAGAUGUAAAUAUACCAGCAGCUUUUCUACUUGGUCGGAGUGGUUAUACAAUACUUCGUACUUUGAAGAGUUUGAAGAGAAGCCAUGCAGUCAUCAACUUUCCAAUCAAUAUGACGCAUGUACCAAUGAGUAAAAUGAAUCAGCCCCCGUGGGUAGCUUGGUAAAUUAAUUAUAAAAAUCCGAACACAAAAUAUUGUACCCAGUGCUGGCCUUAGGAACCCUGCGCCCUCGGUCGGAAAACAAUUUCAGUAUUUGCAUUUUCUCGCAAUAUUGAAUUUUAAAAAUACCUUUGAAAUUAUUUUGAUAUUAGAUUCUGUUAAUCUGUCAUAGUGAAUAUAUAUAUCUAACCCAAACAGCUGUGGCGCCACUAAAAGAUCUGAGAUGUGUUUUAACCGCCAGGCGCUUAUAGUCAACGUUCUACCGCUACUUCUACGGCCGGUACUGAUUGUAUCCUACCGAAAUAAUAUAGAUUUAGUACAUUUUAACACUACAACAGCGCGCAGAAACUCGGUCGUCAGGUGCGGUAUUGUGGAACACCUAUACUGCCACUCAUCAUUGCUUAAGGCGUAGGGCGUGAAGCCAAAAGAGAAUAUCCAAAUUAUGGUAUUAAAUUAAAUCUUUUUCCUAAGGCAAGCUCUGGAGGCCGUGUUCAAGUUACAGGGGCGAAUCCAUGUCUUUACCUAUACAAUGCUCAAAGUUGACCUCCUAUUAGAACGCCCUUAGUUGCAAAAAGACAGAAAUUAUCCCCUUAGACGCAAUAGGACCAUCUGAUAUUUAUUUCCGUAAUCAGAAAUCAAAUAUAUUAUAUUUAUAACUCUCAUAUUGUCUUUUAUACAAGACAGCACCAAAUUUGUAAAACGUGGUAUGCACCAUGUCCACCUUUCACAUCAGCUGUUGUCAUGUUUACUGGUGCUUUUCUUCUUAUUGCCGAAUAUAUUUAACAUACUGUAACAGAUGCUUAAUACAAACAGUUUAUCAAGUGUAUGUGGCUGUCACCACAGUUGUACAUUUAACCAAAUAGUGACGUUCCAUUAAAGUAUAGUUGAUAUGAAAAGUACAAAUGUGUGUAGCUUUUAUGACAUUAAGCAAUAUUAAACUUUAGUAAUGUAUGACAUAUUUACAAUGUAUAUACAUGUUAUAUUAUUUAUGCCUGUAAUUUAUAUUAAUGCCUUAUUCGCAAUCACUUAUUGACGUCGAUUGAAUGUUCUUUGGGGUAAGUUAUUUAUAUGUCCAAACAUACUUUAAUUACCAACAAUCGACAUAAAUAGUGAUACGAAUAUGGUUUAACUCAACAAAUUUACUUUUGUUAUUUAUACGUGAGCAGAAUGAGUUACCACUGACGCGCAGCGGUGGAAAAUUAUACACAUAAUGAGACAUAAUGUAUGGAUUUAAAUGUUAAUUAUUGCAAAAAUAUCCAAACCGUCAGUUAAUAUAAGAAGGGACAGAAGCAACAUAGAAGUAAAAAUAAAAAAGCAAAAUAGAAAUUAAAAUAAAAAGAUUCUUCUGUUAUAAAACAGUUAUGUUUAACAUGUAGCCUAGCAUUUUGUUAGAGCGCUGAGGCUGGGCGAAGUGAUAAUUGCACUUACCUCGUGAAAAUAAAAAUAAAUACUUAGUGCCAGAGAGCAUGGGUCUGAGAGGAAUAACUUGCCUUACUCACAACUUGCUAUUAAGUUAGUUUACGCUACAUUUCUAGUUCUUUGCUCCCACACCACGCUAAUAUAUUUGUAUAAAAUACAAUAGAUUUAAAAAAAAAACCGAUAGAUCAUUUUAAUAGUGCGACAUGAACAUGUUGGCGGCUCGGUAAUUUGCAAUGAUUUACAUUUAGGGUGCCUCCACUACAGAUGCGCGAGAUAGCAAAAAUGGCGCGCUAGGUACUUAAAGUCCACAAUAGUAUCGUUACAUUUCCCCAGUCUCCAUUAAGAAGGUAGCGCGGUUCAUUAAGAAGGGCUAAAAGCAAAACGUUACACUGUUUAAUAAUUCAUUACACAUUCUUUAAAAUAAAUUUAUUUAUUUUCAACAAAAACUUACAUUACAGAUAGCAAACUUACAGUAAAUAUUUUCAGUUUUAAAAUGCAUUAUAGCAAAUAAAAAAGAAGUAAGUAGUCGGUAAUAGUCGGUGUAUUGAACAAUGGUACCCAAAGUAAAAUUUAUUUUGUGUUAUGCGUAUCAACCCUUAGAACGUGAUUUGUGGUUCGCUAUCUAAUUGCAACUCUACAUAUAACAAAACAAGGGAAAUUAAGGAUUCUAGUAUAAAUUAUAAUAUUAUUAAUUUAUAAUAUAAAACCUCAUUAGAUAUAUAUAUGUAUAGCAUAACUUAGCUACUUUGUACAUCUUAGCUAUCUUGCACAUCUUAGGGCCAAUCUCACCUUUGAGUAGGAUCUUAAGUAAUGAUUUAAAAUACUGAUCUAUUUAAUAAACAAAAUAUUUGCUGUUAUUUAAACAUCUGCGGUCAGUGAAAUUGGCGCUGUUGAAUACAUUUAUCAACUUAAAUUAAAAAAUGUGGCGUAACCGCCACCAGGGUCAGACUCUCAAGUAGAGCUAUUGGAAUGUGUUUACAGAAAAGCGACGAUGUUAAGCUGUUGACUUAAACUUGAGAGCGUUGAAGUUGACAUCGCAAUUGAGAGCGAAACAGCCACCAUAUAAUUAUCACAGAGGUAUAAACUAUAGAGAAAUAAAUAUCUUAUUGUUAUUAAUGACUCAAAAACCACGACUCGUAAAUCGAUCUAUAUUAGAUUUUUGUAAUCCAGAGAGCAAUGCGUCAGUCACGUGGUAUUCUCUCAACCAAUCCCAAUAAAACGACACGGAGUAAUGUGUUUUUUUGUAACAUUCUAAGCACACAGAUUUGGAUCUAUACAGUCCUUGUAUAUCUUUGGGGAAAACGCACUCAAGGGCCUGUUACACCAUAUCCAAGUAAACGUUAAUCAUCGCCUAUAAUAUAGGGUGAUUCAAAACUGAAGCUCCCAAAUAAAUGGUAACCAAAGAAAUGCUUUCAGCAUUAACCUCAAAGGUUAAUUAGCAUUUUACAAUGUUCAAGUAUAUGUUAUAUAUGUGUUAUAUUAUAACAUAUACUUGAAAAUUGUGAAACAGGCCCUUAGGAGGCCCGCAUAAGCUAUUCAUUAAUUGUACAUGAUUAUCCAUUUUAAGUAUAAUAAUGUUUUCACUGUUUUUAUCGCAUACAGCACAGACAUACAUGAUGUAUAUGUGAGAAAGAGUAAGCCCGUGAUUUAUAUAAGUAAGUAUACAUUAAAUGUUCUCUAUGUUUAUGUUGGAGAUAAACAUUUAGCUAUAAUUGUUAUUGACUGUAUCGUUUUUGUCAACUAGUCUGUGUUUAUAUUUAUAAAUGUCUUUAAAUAUAAUGCAAAUAAACGUGAGAAAAAUUAAUUAAUUAAAUAAUAACCGGUGUUUAGGCAUCUGUAUGUAUAAAUAUAUGAUAUUCGCAGCGUUUUAAUUAUUUAAAUUUGAAGAAGUAUCAAUUUUGUGUCGAUUUAAUUUGCGUGUGGUUAAGUCGAAGUUCGAGCGGUGCUGAAGUGGGGAUCUCAUAAAGUUGUUAAAACUAUUUCAAUAAAUUUUGCUCCAUAUUGU